AUGGCGUGCGCAAUGCAGUGUUUCAGAAUCUACAGGAUGCCACAGUUUUAUCUCACUAGUCUAGAUUGGCUCCGGUUCCCCCUGACACGUGUGUCUUUCCCACGGAGCUAUAGAAGAGCUUUGCACUUGGCGCUGUGCGCGUCUACAACCACUUCGCUUCCUGUCCUCUCCUCGUCUUUCUACAGCUGUUUUCAGCGUGCCACAAGAGUCCUGCAAAAAUGGAUUUCUCUGACCAGAGAGACAUGGCCAAACAACCGGCCAGCGCUCCCACCGGCUACAUCCCGGCAACCCGACGGAGCUGCGGGACUUACAACUAACAAACCGGACAACACGGCGCCGUGCCCGCCGCCCGCCCCUCACCAUCACCCGGCACCUCAGCCACCGCCUGCGUGCAACGAGAGCAAAACUUUUUGUCCCACGGAAAAUAAACCGGGAGAGCCGGACACAAAUAAAGCAUAUGGGACGUUUAAAAGUACCCCACCAGCGGUCCCUGGAUCCGUUGCCGUCAACUCGGCCUUCAGGAAAGAUUCUGGCGGUUCGGCUCGCGGGGGGUCCGCGCAGUACGGCGACCCGCUCCGGGCCACCGCAGAGCAGAACAACACCGCGGGCAAUUGGACGACUAUGAGCCAGACCACCAUCAUACUGGGAACAGAUGGAAACACGUCUGUUCAGCCCGGAACCGUGGCGGGGGCUGAAGACGAUGACGAGAGGGGAGAUGAGAACAAGGCCAGAGGAAACUGGUCCAAUAAACUGGAUUUUAUUCUGUCCAUGGUUGGUUAUGCUGUGGGACUGGGGAACGUGUGGAGGUUCCCUUAUCUUGCUUUCCAAAAUGGUGGAGGAGCCUUCUUGAUCCCCUACCUGACAAUGUUGGGCAUUGCCGGGAUCCCAAUCUUCUUGCUGGAGGUGGCCCUGGGCCAGUUUGCCAGCCAGGGGCCCGUGUCCGUGUGGAAAUGCAUCCCAGCUCUGCAAGGUUGCGGGAUUGCCAUGUUGAUAAUAUCUGUCUUGAUAGCCAUAUACUAUAAUAUUAUUAUGUGCUGGACACUGUACUACCUGUUCGCUUCGUUGAAGGGCUCACUACCAUGGGCUAACUGUAGGAAUGAGUGGAACACGGUGGAAUGUAAGGACAAAGACAUACUGCUGUUAGACUCGUGCAUCCUGCGGGACAGAAACAUCUCCUCCAUCAAGAAUUCCACUUUCUGUCUGUCUGCUAACGCUGCGGGAAACCUGACCAAACUGCUGAACAUGACUGUGAACAGCAACAAAUCCUACGUCAGCCCCAGUGAGGAGUACUUCAAGUACAAUGUGUUGCACAUUUCUAAAGGGAUUGAAUAUCCAGGAGACCUUCGCUGGCCUCUGGCGGGGUGUCUCUUCCUGGCCUGGCUCAUCGUGUACGCCUCUUUAGCCAAAGGAAUCAAGUCAUCCGGGAAAGUGGUUUAUUUCACAGCCACAUUUCCUUACGUGGUGCUGGUCAUCCUUCUGAUCAGGGGAGUGACCCUCCCCGGUGCCGCUGAUGGCGUCCUCUACUUUAUCACACCAAAAUGGGAGAAACUCAAUGAUGCAAAGGUGUGGAAAGAUGCAGCCACUCAGAUCUUCUUCUCUCUGUCGGCUGCGUGGGGAGGCCUCAUCACUCUCUCUUCAUACAAUAAGUUCCACAAUAACUGCUACAGGGAUACUAUUAUAGUGACAUGUACAAACAGUGCCACCAGUAUAUUCGCUGGGUUUGUCAUCUUCUCGGUCAUUGGCUUCAUGGCACAUGAGCUGAAGGUGCCGAUAGAGAGGGUGGCUGAUGAAGGUCCAGGCAUAGCAUUCGUGGUAUAUCCAGAGGCUCUGACCAGACUUCCCUUGUCUCCUUUCUGGGCAAUUAUCUUCUUCCUCAUGCUCCUGACUCUCGGCCUGGAUACCAUGUUUGCCACCAUUGAGACCAUUGUAACCUCUGUGACAGAUGAGUUCCCCAAAUACUUGAGGAAACACAAACCACUCUUCACCCUGGUCUGCUGCAUCGCCUUUUUCAUCCUUGGAUUUCCCAUGAUCACAGAGAGUGGGAUGUAUAUGCUGCAGCUGGUGGACACGUUCGCAGCCUCCUACUCUUUGGUCAUCAUUGCGAUCUUCGAGCUGGUGGGGAUUUGCUACCUAUAUGGUCUGCAGAGGUUUUGCGAGGACAUUGAAAUGAUGAUUGGUUUCCAACCAAACCGAUUCUGGAGACUCUGCUGGGCCUUUGUGACUCCAACAAUUUUAACAGGCAUCCUAGGACUGAGUCUGUACCAGUGGAAGGUGAUGACUUAUGAGGACUAUACCUACCCCACCUGGUCCAUGGUUAUGGGCUGGCUCAUGGUCAUCUGCUCUGUCAUCUGGAUCCCCAUCAUGUUCGUCAUUAAGAUGCACCUUGCACCUGGCACCAUAAUUGAGCGUCUGAAGCUGGUCUGCUCACCCCAGCCUGACUGGGGUCCUUUCCUGAUGAAACACCGCGGAGAACGCUAUAAGAACAUGACCGACCCUUUGGGAACCAGCUCCCUAGGCCUCAAACUGCCCCCCAAGGACUUCCAGCUCGGCUCCUACCAGUAGCACCCAGGCACACCCACUAUGUCUGUCACCAAAAGGAGGAAGAGGAGGAGGAUGAGCGGCAUGUCUGUUUUCAGGCUGACUUCUUCUUCAUCUUGUCCUUCCUCCUCUCCCUGUUUCUCCCAUCUGUACUUCAUCACCCUCUUUACUUCUUGUCUCCCUCUCUGUUUAGUGGCAGUGGAAACAGGCUUCCUGCCUUCUUCCUUCUCUUCAUUUUCACCACUUCUUUCCUCUCAGGGAGGAGUGGUUACCCAGGCGGAAUCUACGCCUCUGCUCCUGCUUUGUCCUUGGUUAAUCGGCUAUCAUUACCUGUCACACUUGACCACUGAUUAAUCCAGAACACUUUCCAGGGAUCUUUAUUCCAAGAGAAAACAUGUGUCCUAAAGAGACACAGCUCAGACUGAGCAAUAUUAGACUCAAUGUAGCUGCUCUUUAUAGAGCUGUGUGUCUAUGUGUGUGUGUGUGCCAUUGUAUGUAGAGAUAAUGAAUUAUAUUAGUGAAAGUAGACACAGAUAAAGAAAAGAGAGUUGAGCAAAAACAAAAACAACAGUUCAACAAGCUUGGAGGGUGAUUUGUGUUUUGUUUCAUUUGUGUAGAAAAUUCCAUCGGCAAUACAAAUAAUAUCAACUGCCUUGAAGAAGAAGAAGAAGAAAAA